UUAGUAACCAGGAAGGGGACACGAUAAGACAGGCACAAAUGAGAUCAGAGCCAAGCGAGAUGAAGUUUUCCAUGAGGAAGACUGAUGAUCGAACUUCGGCUGAAAACACAAUAAGUGCUGUGGUUGGCAAGAAAACUUUGUUUAUUUUUAAUCUGAAUGAGCCAGAUAACCCAGUGGAUGUGGAAUUCCAGCCAGGCUAUGGCAACAUUGUCUGCUAUAGUUGGUAUAGUGAUAACUACGUCAUAGUUGGCUUUUCACGUGGAACUAUGGUGGUCAUUUCUACUCAUUUACGAGAAAUUGGGCAAGAGAUAUUUCAGGCUCGUGACUAUAAAGAUAAUCUAACCAGUAUUGCGUUAUCACAGACUCUGAGCAAAGUGGCUACAUGUGGAGACAACUGUGUUAAAAUCCAUGACUUAGUCGAAUUAAAAGACAUGUAUGCUAUAAUCAACCUGGAUGAUGAAAAUAAAGGGUUGGGUAUCUUGUCCUGGACAGACGAUGGCCAGUUGCUGGCACUGUCUACACAGAGGGGCUCCCUCCAUGUCUUCCUGACCAAGCUGCCCAUCCUAGGAGACACAUGUGGCACCAGGAUUGCAUACCUCACCUCCCUCCUCGAGGUCACUGUGGCCAACAUCAUCGAAGGAGAGACACCAGUCACAGUCUCUGUUGAUGUGGAGCCCACUUUCGUGGCAGUCGGCCUUUAUCAUCUGGCUGUAGGAAUGAAUAAUCGAGCUUGGUUCUAUAUCUUUGGAGAGAGUUGCAAGUCUAAAUCCAUUCCUGGUGUAAGAAAAUUAAAAGAUAUGGAAUACCUGGGAACAGUAGCCAGCAUUUGCCUUCACGCUGAAUAUGCUGCUGCCCUUUUUGAAGGCAAAGUCCAGUUACAUUUGAUAGAAAAUGACCUCUUGAACGCUCAAGAGGAACGGGAGACCCGGCUCUUCCCAGCAGUGGAUGAUAAGUACCGGAUUUUAUGUCACGCCUUAACUGGGGAUUUCCUCAUCUAUGGCACAGACACCGGUGUCAUACAGUAUUUCCACAUUGAAGACUGGCAAUUCAUUAAUGAUUACCGACAUCCUGUCAGUGUGAAAAAGAUUUUUCCCGAUCCAAAUGGGACCAGAUUAGUUUUCAUUGAUGAAAAAAGUGAUGGAUUUGUUUACUGUCCAGUUAACGAUGCCACCUAUGAGAUUCCAGACUUGUCACCAACUAUUAAAGGUGUCCUUUGGGAAAACUGGCCGAUGAAUAAAGGUGUAUUUAUUGCCUAUGAUGAUGAUAAGGUAUACACUUACAUCUUUCACAAGGACACAAUACAAGGAUCCAAGGUUGUCUUGGCUGGUGGCACCAAGCUUCCCUUCUCGCAUAAACCUUUGCUGUUCUACAAUGGAGAACUGACCUGCCAGACUCAGAGUGGGAAAAUAAACAACAUCUAUCUCAGCACCCACAGCUUCCUCUGCAACUUGAAAGAAGCGCAGCCUGCUGACCUGCAACAGAUGCUGGCACAGACUCUCCUGCUCAAAAGGUUUCCUGACGCUUGGGAAAUCUGCAAGAUCCUGAAUGAGCACACUGCCUGGAAUGAGUUGGCCAGAGCCUGUCUGCAUCACAUGGAGGUGGAGUUCGCCAUCCGCGUCUACCGGACAAUUGGGAAUGUUGGAAUAGUGAUGUCCUUGGAGCAAAUAAAGGGAAUUGAGGACUACAGUCUCUUGGCAGGCCAUCUUGCCAUGUUUACCAAUGAUUUCAACCUGGCUCAGGACCUGUACCUGGCAUCCAGCUGUCCCAUGGCUGCCCUGGAGAUGAGAAGGGAUCUCCAGCACUGGGACAGUGCUCUACAGCUGGCCAAACGUCUGGCCCCAGACCAAAUACCAUUCAUAUCAAAAGAAUAUGCUAUUCAGCUUGAGUUCACGGGUGACUACGUUAAUGCUUUGGCUCAUUAUGAGAAGGGAAUUACAGGUAAUAAUAAGGAGCACGAUGACGUGUGCCUGGCCGGAGUGGCUCAGAUGUCCCUCAGAAUGGGAGACAUACGCCGGGGGGCCAACCAAGCCCUCAAGCACCCCAGCAGAGCCCUCAAAAGAGACUGUGGAUCCAUCCUGGAGAGCAUGAAGCAAUUUUCAGAAGCAGCCCAACUGUAUGAAAAAGGCCUCUACUAUGACAAAGCUGCAUCUGUUUACAUCCGCUGUAAGAACUGGGCAAAAGUUGGUGAGCUUCUGCCUCAUGUCUCCUCUCCUAAGAUCCACCUGCAGUAUGCCAAAGCUAAAGAAGCAGAUGGAAGGUACAAAGAAGCCGUCAUCGCUUAUGAGAACGCAAAGCAAUGGAACAGUGUGAUCCGUAUCUAUCUGGACCACCUCAAUAACCCCGAAAAGGCUGUCAGUGUUGUCAGAGAGACCCAGUCUCUGGAUGGAGCCAAGAUGGUAGCCAGGUUUUUCCUGCAGCUUGGUGACUAUGGGUCUGCCAUCCAGUUUCUGGUCAUGUCCAAAUGUAACAAUGAAGCUUUCACCCUGGCUCAGCAGCACAACAAAAUGGAGAUCUACGCAGACAUCAUUGGUUCUGAAGACACAACCAAUGAAGACUACCAAAGCAUUGCCUUAUACUUCGAAGGAGAAAAGAAACAUCUUCAGGCUGGAAAAUUCUUCUUGCUCUGUGGCCAAUAUUCACGAGCACUUAAACACUUCCUGAAGUGCCCCAGCUCAGAAGAUAGUGUGGCCAUAGAAAUGGCAAUUGAAACUGUUGGCCAGGCCAAAGACGAGCUGCUGACCAGUCAGUUGAUUGACCACCUGAUGGGGGGUGAUGGCAUGCCCAAGGAUGCCAAGUACCUGUUCCGCUUGUACAUGGCUCUGAAGCAAUAUCGAGAAGCUGCCCGGACUGCCAUUAUAAUUGCCAGGGAAGAGCAAUCUGCAGGGAACUAUAGGACUGCACAUGAUGUUCUCUUUAGUAUGUACACAGAACUCAAAUCCCAGAAGAUCAAAAUUCCCUCUGAGAUGGCCACCAACCUCAUGAUCCUGCACAGUUACAUCCUCGUGAAGAUUCACAUUAAGAACGGAGACCAUAUGAAGGGGGCACGCUUGCUUAUCCGGGUGGCCAACAACAUUAGCAAGUUCCCAUCGCACAUUGUGCCUAUCCUGACAUCCACAGUGAUCGAGUGUCACAGGGCUGGCCUGAGGAACUCUGCUUUCAGCUUUGCCGCUAUGUUGAUGAGGCCUGAGUACCGCAACAAAAUUGAUGCAAAAUACAAAAAGAAGAUCGAGGCAAUGGUCAGGAGACCUGAUACAUCUGAGACAGAAGAGGCCACAACCCCAUGUCCUUUCUGCCAGUUCCUUCUCCCUGAAUGUGAACUCCUCUGUCCUGGGUGUAAAAACAAUAUCCCAUACUGCAUUGCAACAGGUCACCACAUGUUGAAAGAUGACUGGUCACUGUGUCCACAUUGUGACUUUCCUGCACUAUACUCAGAGUUUAAAAUCAUGCUAAAUACUGAAAGUACAUGUCCUAUGUGUUCGGAAAGAUUAAACUCUGGUCAACUGAAGAAAAUUCCAGACUGUACCCAAUACCUGCAAACAGAGAUAGAACAGUGAGUGGCGUGUGCAGGUAAGGCCAGACACCCACUCCCCUUGCAGGGCACUGAGUCCAGAAACACAGCCUGUGCUUUGUGUUGCCAUGCACACCUUUUUUGCACAUCAUGUAAUGUCAGGUUUGAACAGUCUGACAAUGAGCUCACCUUUGAUGUAUUCUCUUUA